GCUUGGCACAGAUGGUCACUCUCUUGCACUGAUGUCUGACGCUGUCAGAGGUCCAGUGGCCACAUUUGAGAGGGACGCACCGCACGAGUAGGUUGUCCUCAACGCAGCAUAGAUAGAACAAACUAAUGUAACUCCUCCAAGGGUCAAAUGAGUAGCAGUCCUAUUUCUUCUCAUCGCAGUUUGUAAUUCUGGAUAUGUCGCAUGUCAGGUGCAGAACAGGAAAGGGUCUGAUUCACACACUUCUCAUAGGAACUCCCUGUUUCCUCAGCUCUUACAUUCUACCAAAAUGAAGCAUUCGUCAAAUUCUUUAAUUAAAUGAAUGAAGCAAAGUCCUGUCCCAAUGGAAUACUGACAAUAUCCUGGCUUGGUGUUGACUGUUGAAAUAUGCUCUCACGUGAGAUUAAGACAGGAAAACAACACAGUUACACAGAUGGCCUAAAUUGCUAAACAAAAGCAAUCUUUAUCCUAACCUGUUAAACGACUGCUCCAAGAUGGCAAACCCCAGCUCACUCUUGGUCCCUGAUGGGGCAGUGCAGAGGCAGGUUGAAGAGGAUCAAUAUAUCCUCUAUGGCGUGGCUGAAGAGGAUGCGUGUGAGUUGGGGUUCACUAGGAAGUAUGACCUCAUCCCAUCCAUCGUCUGCUCAGUAUGCUUUCUGUUCAGCCUCAUCUACUGCUUUUUUGGAUACCGCUGCUUUAAGAUGGUCAUGUUUCUGUCCGGCUUCAUGUUUGGGUCUGCACUAGUCUGCAUGUUGUACCAUAAGGAGCCUGUGCUGGACACCCAAUUGACUACAGAGACCAAAGCAGGCAUCCUCCUGGGAGUGGCUGUGCUCUGUGGCCUGGUGACUAUGCUGGUACAGACUGUGGGGUUCAUCAUUACUGGCCUACAUCUGGGGAGUCUGCUCACCCUUGCCAACCUGCUGGUUAUCGGACAGUUUUACAGCCUUACCCCCCUAUGGGCGCCUCUGGGUGCCCUCCUGGCCACGAGCACCUUUUGUGCCAUUCUCACACUGCAGUGGCAGAAACUAUUCACUGUGCUCUCCACGGCUGCAGUCGGUGCCGCUGUGGUGAUGGCGUGUGUGGACUUCUUCGUAGAGACGUCGCUGCUGGCUGGCCAUGCGUACGACAUCCUGUCUCAGGUUCCUCCUCGUUCCCUCUGCUGGUACAGCUGGGUUAUAACAGGUGUAUGUCCUCUAUUCAGUCUGAUGGGGGUGCUGGUGCAAUGGAUGCUCACUGCCAAAGGAGUGUCCCACACAGAAGUACCUGUCAGUGGCCGACAAAGACAGGUCCAACUGAUGCGAAUCAGACGAAGAGAUGCCCAGAGACGACCCCAGCAGGGCACUUACCGCCAUCGCAAGCCUCCAAUCCUAAAGCGCUAUGCUGGGGACGUCCUGGCCCCAAGUUACAUCCAAAGCAUUCGUGACCGCCAGAUGGGUACAGGCUCCUCUACCAACAGCAACAGCACAGUCAACCACUCCAUGAUUGACUUUGAGACAGGCUCCAUGGUGCCCCUGACUGACUCCUCCCUAGUUUAUAGGGUCUGAGGGAUGACCACCAAAUACUAGGCAUCCCCUCCCAGUUCCACUUAGGUGCCCUAUACCUCUCUCCAGCAGACCAUUCAUAGACUGUUUUUUUGAGACGACAGAAUGAUUCUUGAGACAAAAUUCAAAAUACUAAAUCAAUCUGUUGUUUUGUUUAUUAUUGACAGUCUUAAGGUAUCAGACAGUCAAUCGUAAUAUAACACAUUGAUCCUUCUUCCAAUAAAUCAAAUUGCUUUAUUUUAGUCAGUUUGCUAAUAUACAUUUUUGUGAAGACAUCCAUUGUUAGUUUUAUGCAGUUUACAAGGGGGGAAUUAUACAUUUAGGGAUUUACAUACUUUACACACACAUAAAACAUUUGUCACUCGUGUUAUCAAAAUAAAUAAAAUCCUUAAAUGUUACUAUAUUUCACCUUAGCGGGUUAGGUGAUACAUUGGCUUGGCUAUACGGUAUGAAACUCCUGCCUACUUCCUGGAUCGUGUCACACUGUUUUUGAAUGGCCUUAAAGAUUAUAUCAUAACAUUUAUGAAGACGGUAAAUUCAAAUAAAUGUCAAAUUAUACUCGUAUUCGUGGAUGAAUUUACCAUAAGCCAUGAAUAUAAUUGUACAUACAGUUGAAGUCGGAAGUUUACAUAAACUAGUUUUAAUGACUCCAACUUAAGUGUUUCAACCACCCCACAAAUUAAUUGUUAACAAACUAUAGUUUUGAGAAGUCGGUUAGGACAUCUACUUUGAGCAUGACACAAGUAAUUUUUCCAACAGUUGUUUACAGACAAGAUUAUUUAACUUAUAAUUCAAUGAUCACAAUUCCAGUGGGUCAGAAGUUUACAUACAAUAAGUUGACUGUGCCUUUAAACAGCUUGAAAAAUUCCAGAAAAUUAUGUCAUGGUCUUAGAAGCUUCUGAUAGGCUAAUUAGCAUAAUUUGAGUCAAUUGGAGGUGUACUUGUUGAUGUAUUUCAAGGCCUACCUUCAAACUCAGUACCUCUUUGCUUGACAUCAUGGGAAAAUCAAAAGAAAUCAGCCAAGACCUCAGAAUUUAUUUUGUAGACCUCCACAAGUCUGGGUCAUUCUUGGGAGCAAUUUCCAAACGCCUGAAGGUACCACGUUCAUCUGUACAAACAAUAGUACACAAGUAGAAACACCAUGGGAACACGCAGCAGUCAUACCGCUCAGGAAGGAGACGCGUUCUGUCUCCUAGAGAUGAACGUACUUUGGUGAGAAAAGUGCAAAUCAAUCCCAGAACAACAGCAAAGGACCUUGUGGAAGAUGCUGGAGAAGACGGAUAUCUAUAUCCACAGUAAAACUAGUCCUAUUUCGACAUAACCUGAAAGGCCGCUCAGCAAGGAAGAAGCCACUGCUCCAAAACCACC